AUGUCCUCCUCAUCAGCAUCAUUUGUAAAAGUUAUCAAGACAAUUUUGGGAAAGGAACAAAGUGAAGGCGUAGGUGCCAGAGUUAUUAGAACCAUUGGAGGUUCUGUGUCGUAUCAUGAUCCAUUCCUCUUGUUGGACGAAUUUAAGGUUGCUAAACCUGCAGGUUUUCCAAAUCAUCCUCAUAGAGGAUUUGAAACUGUGACAUACAUGAUGGAUGGAGCUUUUGAACACAAGGAUAAUAGAGGAGGUGGUGGUGUUAUUCAUGCUGGUGAUAUUCAAUGGAUGACAGCUGGCAGUGGACUUAUUCACUCUGAAACACCUGUUGGAUUGAAUGUCAAUACAGGAAUGCAAUUGUGGGUUAAUCUUAAAGCAAAGGAUAAGAUGGUUCCUCCAAAAUAUCAAGAUUUGAAAGCAGAAAACAUUCCAAAAAAGCAAAUUGAUGAACACACAUCAAUUGCAGUAAUUGGUGGAAAGAGUCAAUAUGCAGAUAUUGAAAGUCCUCUCGAAUUGAGAACUAAGGUCUUGUAUUUUGAUGUCAAGAUUACAAAAUCAGGUCAUACAUUUAAGGAACUCAUUCCAAAGGGUUAUCAAGGUUUCGUAUAUGUCAUUAAGGGAAGUGGAGUCUUGACUCAAGAUGGAAACAAGUUUGAAAAUGCUAAGGAAAAGGCAGCUCUUCUCUUUUCUGAAACUACAGAAGAUCAACUUUUUGAAUUCAAAUCAACUUCUGAUUUUGUACAAAUGGUAAUCAUUGCAGGUGAACCAAUGCAUGAACCAAUGUCACGAUAUGGACCUUUUGUUAUGAAUACUAGAGAGGAAAUUGAACAAGCUUUUGAAGAUUAUCAUGAUGGAAAAUUCAUGUAA